AAAAGCAGCUUCCUUCUUGGUUCUAGUUAUCAGUUGACUACAGCAUUUCAAGUCGCAUAGACCGCAGCAAAGUGGGAAGUCAAGAGCUACAAAACAAAUUUUUUCAAAUUCAACGAAAACAAACUAAAAACUUAAACAAAUAAAAAUGGCCUUUUUCAAAUCUUUGGUAUGCUUGGCUGUAUUGAGCGUCGCCUCUGCUGGCAUUUUGCAUCAUGGUGGACACGGUGCCGGUCUUUAUGCCGCUGGCCCACUUUUGGCUGCGCAUGGCCCAGCGCAUGAUGAAGGACUUGACUACUACGCCUACCCCAAAUACCACUACAACUACGGUGUUGCCGACUCUCACACCGGUGAUGUUAAGUCACAGCACGAAGUACGUGAUGGCGAUGUCGUGAAGGGCUCAUACUCGCUCGUCGAACCCGACGGUUCGGUGCGCACUGUCGAAUACACCGCCGAUGACCAUAACGGUUUCAACGCAGUCGUCUCGAAGAGUGCCCCAACCAUCCAUCAUGCCGCUCCAGUUGCCGUUGCGCAUGCCGCUCCCGUACUCGCACACGCUCCCGCACCAAUUGCCGUUACGCACCAUGUUGCCGCCGCUCCCGCCCUGCCAUUGGCUUCGGUAGCGCAUCACGCUGCUCCCUCCGCUUACGGUUAUGCCACACACGAUGCGCACGCUCAUGUCUCUCAUUACUAAGCUAAAUAAUGCUUAAAACACAUCUGUCUCUAUGCUAAUAACAAAUGGACCUGAUCCCACUAUAAAACCAACAAAAAAUCAGCGAAGCGUUAGAAUUUAUUUAUUAACGAUUAACUAAUCUAUAUAUAUACACAUAUACAUAUGUAAAAUGCGAAUCCCAUGCUACGAUGACGACCUAAACAUGAAUAAUUGAAAUGAGUUGGAGUGAAAGAGCGCUGGAGAGCGUGGGAGAAUGAUUUGCGCAUGUGUGUGUUGCUGAGGAGAAUAGACAUUGAAAGAGAAGCAGAGGCGGAACGGGAGCGCAAGGAGACAGAAUGUAUUUAGAAGUGCAGUGUCUUACAGAGUGUUUGUACAGUAGUUCACUCCAACGAUCACUUUCAUCUCAAACACAUUUCAAUUAAUUCUCUCACACCUUGAGUCACAGCUCUACUCUUAAAGGCAUACGAUUAUGAUAAAACACUGCCAUUUUUAAGCUCCUCUCUUCAUUUUGUAAAUAUUACUUAGAUCUCUUCGCCCUCCCUCACCCACUUAACAACCCAC